AUGGUGCCGAUGGUAGAUGAGGAGAAGCACAGCUUGAGUUCUCUAUUGGACUCACGCGAACACUGGUGGAUUUCUAGAUAUCUGAAGGCAGUGCAACGGGUACCGCCUAUUACCGGAACAUAUGUCAUGCUAUCUACAGUUAUGUCACUCCUCUCCUGGGCGUUUAAUGAGAAUUACCCACUUGAGGUGAUGCAGUUCGACCUGCAGCGAUUAAAGCGAGGGGAGAUGUGGCGCAUUUUGACACCGUUUCUGAACUUUGGCCAGCUGUGGCUCGGUCAUUUGUUCAUGGCGCAAUCCGUCCUACUCUACAUGUCGUCAGUCGAGAUCGCGCAUUGCACGAGGCCGGAAAAGUUCCUAGAGUUCAUGGCAUUCGGCGCUGCAUUUCUGUCCAUGUAUGGAGUUGCAGAGGCUUUAGCGGGACGCCAGGAUAGUACGAUGUCUAGUGCGGCGUAUCACCUGCACACCUAUGUGCUGUACUACUGGAGUCGACUAAACGAGGGAUCCGUAGUCAACUGCUUCGACAUGUUCAACCUCCCGGCCGAAAGCGUGCCAUUUCUGUUUCUGCUACAGAACUACCUCCUAUACCGCGAAUUCUACGUAUCGGAUCUUGCGGCAAUAGCCGCUGCCCACUUUUAUUAUUACUUCUUGUCGAACUCCCAAGUUGCGUGGCCGCUACAACGACUGCGGACAGGUAGUUUUAAGAAACUUUAUCAGCGUUUUGACAACGAAAUAUCUCGUUAA